AUGAUGCGGAAGAAGGGGGAGGGCAGCGAGUGGCGCCAGGUGAGAAACCUGGAUUCCCUCGAGAGCGAAAAUGAUUCUUACAUCGCAGAUCUAGAAGCCAGGGUUCAAGGCCUAAAGGAGCUGAGCCUGGCAAUGCGAGACGAAGUUCAGGCUUCAAACACUCUCCUUGGCACGAUGGUUGGACGGCUAGAAGGAGUGCGGGUGUCUGUGCGGAACUCGGUGCGGCGAAUGGAUCAAAUGUUUAAGUCCGGGGGAGGCUGGCACAUGCUGCACCUGGCGGCAUUCGUUCUCUUUAUUUUUCUGAUUUUCUAUUUCUUCUUUGCAAAGUGA